GAGGGAGCCAAGCAUGUACAGAUGAUAAGAUCCUGGGGUGUUGUGACCAUGCAUCGAGUAUAAGAGUCUUGAGUGUUUCCCCCAGAUAUUGUUUCCGGCUUUCUUCACCCACCUUUCGUUUAACCAACCGCUUCACUCGUUUAUAGCAUUCGUUAAACAAAUCUAUCAAGAUGCGAGGUCUCGUUAUUCUCAGUGCGGCCGUUGGCCUGGCUAAUGCUGCCGCUGUCGAGGUGCCCAACAAGAGGCACUACCCUGUUCCCGGACAGGAGGAGUAUCCCGCUGUCCCUGACACCGAGUAUACUCCCCCGGCGCCUGGAAACGGUGCCUACCCUCCUCCCGCCGUCGAGAAGCCUUCCAAGCCCGCCAACGAGUACCCUCCUCCCAAGGCUACUGAGCCUAGCAACGGUGGUGCCUAUCCUCCCCCUCCGGUCAACACCAAGCCUACUGGCGAGUACCCUCCUCCUGAGCACACCAAGCCCGUGACUCCUCCUGCGGAGACUCAGCCUACUGGAGAGUAUCCUCCCCCCGAGGAGACCAAGCCUACCCCUCCUGAGGAGACCAAGCCCACUGGUGAAUACCCUCCUCCCGAGGAGACAAAGCCUACUCCUCCUGAAGAGACCAAGCCCACUGGCGAGUAUCCCCCUCCUGAGGAGACCAAGCCUACUCCCCCCGAGGAGACUAAGCCUACCGGCGAGUAUCCUCCUCCUGAGCACACCAAGCCCGUGACUCCUCCUGCGGAGACUCAGCCUACUGGCGUCUACCCUCCCCCCGAGGAGACCACUGGUGUCUAUCCUCCCCCCGAGGAGACCACUGAUGUCUAUCCUCCUCCUUCUGAGACCCAGCCCGAGGAGCACAGCUCAACCGAGACUCCUUACCUGCCUCCCACCGAGACUCUUCCUUCUGUGGAGAGCUCGACUGAGACUCCUUACCAGCCUCCUACCGACACUCUCCCUGCUGAGGGCACCUCAACUGAGACUGGUUACCUGCCUCCCACUUACACGAAGCCUUCGUACACUAAGCCAACCUACACCAAGCCUUCGUACACCAAGCCUGGCUACCCCGAGACCUCUCAGUGGACCACCUCAACCAUCUACACCACUCAGGUUCAGACCGUCACCAAGUGUCCUCCUGAGGUUACCAACUGCCCUGUUGGCCCUCACGUCACCACCGUGACUAUCCCCAUCUCGACCACCAUCUGCCCUGUGACCGAGGAGCAUCCUUCUUCCGUCUACCCUCCCCAUGAGGAGACCACCAAGUUGACCACCUCAACCAUCUACACCACCAAGGUCCACACUGUCACCAAGUGUCCUCCUGAGGUUCCCAACUGCCCUGAGAAGCCCCAUGUCACCACCGAGACCUACGCCGUCUCUACCACCGUCUGCCCUGUGACUGAGACCCACGUUGUCCCUGUUCCUCCCAAGGAGACUCAGCCCAUCGUUGUUCCUCCUCCUCACCCCGGUAACGGAACCUGGACUCCUCCCAAGCCUCAGCCUCCUAAGGAGUCUCACCCCAGCUACCCUCAGCCUCCUGCUCCUCAGCCCCCCAAGGAGACUCACCCUGCUCAGCCUCCUGCCCCUCAACCUCCCAAGGAGACAUACCCCGCUCCCCCUAAGGAGACUCAGCCUGGCGUCACUCCUCCCAAGGAGACUCACCCCGCUCAACCUCCUGCUCCUCAACCCCCCAAGGAGACCCAGCCUGGUGUCACUCCUCCCAAGGAGACUCAGCCUGCCCAGCCUCCCGCUCCUCAGCCUCCCAAGGAGUCUCACCCUAGCUACCCUCAGCCUCCUGCUCCCAGCAAGCCUGCCGAGACUGCUCCCGUUGUCCCUGCUCCUAGCACUCCCGCUGAGACCUACCCUGCUCCUGCUACCACUCCCAGCCAGGUCACUGCCGGUGCUGGACGUGUCGGAGGUAGCGUCGGAGCUGCUCUCUUUGCGGCUGGUUUUGUCGCCUUCUUCCUGUAAAUAAUUUGACUGCUCACACGGAGCAACGAGUAUAUGACGGUUUGGAGAUAUAUACGCUGCAUAGUACAUGCACCUAUUACCUGCACCUAUUACAUUCUAUUAGAUAAUUUCUUAGAUUAAUAUAUUUACUGGCAUGAAGCCAAGUAAAA